AGUUACGCAGAGACUCGCGAGCGCUGUGGCGGCCCUGAAAGGAUAUAGGCCGUGGAGGGAAGGGGGCGGGCAGACCGCAUAGGAAGGCGCCGGAAGUGGUCCCUCAGAGGAGGGGUGGGAGUGGGGCUGCCGAGGCAGUGCACUUGGCUGUAGCUGGGCGCCUCGGUUAGGUGCGCUGUCAGUCCGUUCCGAGUGCCUGGCCCAGUCUCUCCCGCCUCGGCCCAACAUGGACUUCAGAGAAAUUCUCAUGAUAGCUUCCAAGGGACAAGGUGUCAACAAUGUGCCGAAAAGGUAUAGUUUGGCAGUGGGGCCUCCAAAAAAAGACCCAAAAGUUAAAGGUGUCCAAUCAGCAGCUGUACAAGCUUUUCUUAAAAGGAAAGAAGAGGAGCUGAGACGAAAAGCCUUAGAGGAGAAAAGGAGAAAAGAGGAACUAGUGAAAAAGCGAAUUGAGCUCAAACAUGACAAGAAAGCAAGAGCUAUGGCCAAGAGGACAAAGGAUAAUUUCCAUGGUUACAAUGGGAUUCCUAUUGAGGAAAAGUCAAAGAAGAGGCAGCCAACAGAAAGCCAUACCAGCCAAGGAACCGACCGAGAGUAUGAAAUGGAAGAAGAGAAUGAAUUCCUCGAGUACAAUCACGCAGAGUCAGAGCAGGAGUAUGAGGAAGAGCAAGAACCUCCCAAAGUUGAAAGCAAACCAAAGGUCCCCCUUAAAAGUGCCCCACCACCCAUGAACUUCACUGAUUUACUCAGGCUGGCUGAGAAAAAGCAGUUUGAACCAGUGGAAAUCAAGGUAGUGAAGAAAUCAGAAGAGCGACCUAUGACCGCAGAAGAACUUAGGGAGCGAGAAUUCCUUGAACGAAAACAUAGGAGAAAAAAACUUGAGACAGAUGGAAAACUACCUCCAACUGUGUCCAAAAAGGCACCCUCUCAGAAAGAAAGUGUGGGCACAAAACUUAGCAAAGGUUCUGGAGACAGGCAUCCUUCUUCCAAAGGAAUGCCCCUUCCUCAUGCUGAGAAGAAAUCAAGACCCAGCAUGGCCAAUGACAAACACCUCGCUUUGUCUUCAUCCAAAUCCAUGCCAGGAGAGAGGAUCAAGGCAGGAUCUGGCAAUAGCUCCCAACCCUCACUUCGUGAGGGCCACGACAGACCUGUUUUCAAUGGAGCUGGAAAGCCUCAUUCCAGCACCUCUUCACCAAGUGUCCCAAAGACUUCUGCUAGCAGGACUCAGAAAUCUGCUAUUGAGCACAAAGCCAAAAAAUUUCCGUCCCAUCCUAGCCAUUCCAGGCCUGGGCCCAUGGUCACCCCACACAAUAAGGCUAAGAGUCCAGGUAUCAGGCAGCCAGGCAGCAGCUCUAGCUCAGCCCCUGGGCAGCCCAACACAGGGGUUGCUCGACCUACAGUUAGUUCUGGCCCUGUGCCUAGGCGCCAGAAUGGCAGCUCCAGCUCAGGACCUGAGCAAUCAAUCAGUGGGUCCAAGAAGCCAGCCAAUGACUCAAAUCCCUCUAGGCGGACAGUCAGUGGUACAUGUGGCCCUGGACAACCUGCAAGCAGCUCAAGUGGCCCUGGGCGACCCAUCAGUGGUUCAGGUAGUUCUGCAAGACCCUUGGGCAGCUCUCGUGGCCCUGGCCGGCCUGUGAGCAGUCCACAUGAACUUCGACGACCGGCGAGUGGCUCAGGUCCCCCGGGGCGGUCUGUCAGUGGCCCUGGGAGAUCCAUAAGUGGCUCAAUUCCAGCUGGACGGACUAUCAGUAGUUCAGUCCCAGGAAGACCAGUGAGCAGCUUGGGACCUGGUCAAACAGUUAGUAGCUCAGGUCCCACUAUAAAGCCUAAGUGUACUGUUGUCUCCGAAACAAUUUCUUCCAAGAAUAUCAUUAGCCGGUCCAGCAAUGGACAGAUGAAUGGAAUGAAGCCUCCCCUAUCUGGCUACAGAUCUGCCCAAGGUCCUCAAAGGCUUCCCUUCCCUACUGGUUACAAAAGGCAGCGAGAAUACGAAGAGGAAGAUGACGAUGAUGAUGAAUACGACUCUGAAAUGGAAGAUUUUAUCGAAGAUGAAGGAGAGCCUCAGGAAGAAAUAUCCAAGCACAUUAGAGAAAUCUUUGGUUAUGACCGAAAAAAAUACAAAGAUGAAAGUGAUUAUGCCUUACGUUACAUGGAAAGUAGUUGGAAAGAGCAACAGAAGGAAGAAGCAAAGAGCCUAAGACUGGGUAUGCAAGAGGACUUAGAGGAAAUGAGACGUGAAGAAGAAAUGCAACGUCGAAGGGCCAAGAAGCUGAAAAGGCGUUAGCUGCUGCUUUUAUUUUUGUGAAAUUCUAGAGCUGCUCUGCUGCAAGGAUUACCUGCCUUCAGACUGAAGAAGCCCCCUUAUCAUUUUAGAUUUAUACUUGGGUACUCAAGGAGAAGGAAUGCAUACUGUCAUUUGCAGGCUGUCAUUUGAGCAUAAAAUAUUUUCAGAUAUUUUCCAGGGUGAAAUCUGUAAUGCAGAUGAUAUAAUGCCCACUUGUGCUCUUAUGAAGUUAACUGUUCACAGAUGCCAGCCUUGAUCCUGAUGAGCUAUGCACUCUAAUGUGGGGCCACUCACCAGUCAGCCAAUCUUUUAUUGUUCCUUUGCUACUUUGAAGGGAAAAAAAAGGUUUUCUCUUGAUUUCUAUAAUUCUGCUGAUCUGUGAGUAGGGCACUGCCCUGCUCCCAAUCAAACUUAGUCUUUUUAUGAGAAACCUGGACCUUCCAUGAAUGUUGCCAGCAAUAAAGUGACUUGUCCUAAUCUAUGGAUUGAGAACUUGAAAAUGUAGAGUAGAAUUUAUAACUAUCAUAUGGAUGUCAUCCUGUGACUUUGAAGUACAAAGUAGAAUAAAUUCUGUAUUCAUGGAUUGGAUGCUGAGCAUUCUUACUCAUUAAUUUAGGUGGCUAGGAAUUAAUGAAAAAAUUUUCAAGUUAAAAUACAGGUUGUAACAGUAUAAUAUUCUUUUCUAAGUUUUCCUUUCAGAUUUACUGUUAUGUUGGCUUUAGUGUAAGAUAGACAAGGUCACUGUGCUGAUUGAUUUUUAUCUAAAAAGAAUUCAUUUUUAUAUCGAAGAAAAAAUAUUUUAUUCAAACAUUAGAUUUGAAAGAGUAAUAGUUUAUAAAAUAAGGAAGUAACAUGUGAGGCUCUCCCCUCCUCCCCUCCCCCAUCAUAAAGAUAUUUUGAAAUCCCAAGGUGCCCCCGUACCUCCUGACAUUAAUGACUUCAUUUUUUAGCUUGAAUUUGUUAGCAAAUAUUAAUGGCAGAAAACCAAAAACUAAAUUUAUGGUAUCGAGAGCACCACCUUCUCUUUUUGCCCAUAUUGCACUUUGAUUUCAAACUAUGCACUGUGAAGAGAUUUUUUUCCCCAGAUAGGAAGGGAUGUUCCCUGUUAUCAUUAUUUUACUGAGCUGUGGAAACUCAUUUUUACCCUUUUUAAAGUCAUAAAUAUGGACUUAAUAUCCCUUAACCUUCAAGUCCAAGCAGUUCCAAUCAGGCUGACUUAGGAUCAUGCUGGAAGGAAGCCAAGUCUCAAGAACCAUCAGCAACAGAAAAUGAGAUAUGACGCUAGAGAGCAUUUGUCCUUGACUGUAAGUAUGGAGGUUUAGGGGAAGCGAGACAUAAGCUUGUAGGAAUAAUAAACGUUCUACAAUAAACGUUCUGGCUAUCUUAAGCCAUUGUAUGGGGGGGAUUAGGAAGUAGGAGGGAUUGUCCUACAACAGGCCCUUACACUUCAACGGCCCAAAUAUUUUGGCUUAUUCCUUUUUAUCCAUAAAGUCUUUAUUCUUCAAGUUUGGGUAUUAUAGAUUACCACUGUUAGCCUCCCUUAAUGGGACCAUAUGAGCCAGGCUUUUAAGACGGACUCAUUUUGAAUUGAGUUUCAAACUUUGAAAGUGCAAGGAUUUAAUUUUUAAGUUGAAUCUCAUGAAAGGUGUCCAUCCCUAGGAAUAACACCCUUUGUAACUACAUAUAGAACUGUUACAAUGGUAGCAGAAAAUCCUGUUGAUUUCCUCUCACCCAUCUCAGAUACCUUCAGUGAAAUUAAGGGUAGUGUGAUGUCCCAUGUAAUAAAACAGGCUUAGAACAUCAAUUCCUCUGCUGCCAUUUAUGUGCUUUUAUUCCUUCAAAAAUUUUUUAUUGGAUAUAUUUUUCAAUAUUCAGACUCUGAAAUCUGUCAUUACAAUCAAGUGCUUGUCACAGCUGAAAGAUUUCUGGUGGCUUAAAGUUUACUAGCAGUAAAUUUAUGAUAUGGUACAGUUCUUUGUACAGAAAGGCACCAUUAUGUUAGAAUAAAUUUCCAGAACUUAGUGGGAAGAAUCAGGUUUUGACCUUGUGUGUCUGUUACUUCUGAGUGCAUUUCUAUAAUAUAAAUGUUGAUUUGUAUCAACAUUAUAAAAGAGCACUUCUGUGGCUCAUUUAAAAGAAAAAAAAAGUUAAGUCUUUUAAAUUUUGGCCUUGUUUCCAAAUCCUGUCUUCCAUGUUGUUCUUCUGCACUUCCUGACCACUCUUACAAAAAGCUCACAAACCUUUGAAGAAACUGGAGUAGGCUGUUAUUUCAUUAAGGUUUACAAAUUAAAUGCUUGAUUUUUAAUGUA